AUAGCUUUUUCAUGUCCAAAUAUUCAUGUAAAAUGUGAUGUACCCGCCUACAGUUGAGAUGCCUACAGCCUCAGCCACUUCACGCACUUUCAUUCUCCGAUCGUCCAAUAUCAUUCCAUGGAUUUUAUCGACGAUUUCUGGCGUGACGACCUCUUUUGGGCGACAUGAACGUUCGGCGUCACUUGUGCUGAUCAUUUAGAAAGCAAGGAAAAAAUGACAUUACAACAAUUCGCGGAUUUAUUGAGUGUAAUAACAAUCGGCAUGUGUUUCGUGUUGAAAAUUCCGCAAAUAUUAAAAUUGAUGUCCGUGAAAUCAGCCGAUGAAAUAUCCACAUUAGGAUUAUUUUUAGAAUUAACAAGUUAUACCGUGAUGACUAGUUAUAAUUAUACGAACGGAUAUGCCAUACUAUCUUACUUGGAGUAUCCGAUCAUACUAAUUCAAGAAUACAUCUUGAUAUUUCUAGUCUUAAAAUAUUUAAACAAGAUCAAUAUGUGGGCUUUUAUAUAUUCCCUAAUAUAUUUUACGUUGAGCAGUUGUUUGGUGUUGGAAAUUGUACCAAAAGUUGUUCUUACACUCUUAGCACCUAUGUGCACUCCAAUUUCCGCUUCCAGUAAAGUCGUCCAAUUACUAGCUAUACUUCGAGCUAAGAAUGCAGAGUCUGUAUCACCUCUUACUUGGUUCAUAUCUGCCUUUACGAAUCUGACUAGAGUAUUUACGAUAUGGAUGGACUCGGCUGACAUGUUACUCCUGGGAAACUUUAUCAUCUCGGUGCUGCUAAGUUUCAGCGUCAUGUUCUCUGCGCUUUACUACAAACACCGUCCUGUAAAGCAUGACUAAGAAAGAAAAAUUUAUACGAUUGGUCUAGCCAAGCGUAUCCUAUGAAAUUGAUGACUGUAUCCUAUAUAUUUAUUUUUAUUUUUAA